UUGUGAAUUACGCAACGAAAUGAAAUGAAAAUCGAGGUAAAGUUACUAGAGCAUCUGUGAUGGUAUUAUAUUACACAACUGAAAAUUAACCUUGAAAUAUUAAAACGCUCCAAUUUAUAAUUUAUAGAUGUAUAUCCGUUCCACCGUUAGGAUAUACUGAUGAACUGUUAAACCUCUACUGACGCCAUUGCCGGCGGCAAUCACUAACCCUAAUUGCAUUCCGCCAAUCACCGGCAAUCAUGAACUCUAAUUCAGAUAACUGAAAGUAUCUUUGAAAUCCAGGAUUCAAUUCAAACUAGAAAUUCAUCUAGAUUCAUACUUUUCAAGUUUCAAUGGAAGGAAACACGAUUUCGAAUGCAUCAUCACUUGGCGCAUUGUAUUUUUUGUGGCAUUUGCUGUGUGGAUUGGGUAUACCAAUAGCUUUUUGGUUAGCGCAUCGAUUCUAUUAUGUCAAUCUCAUUUCUUCUCCUCAUUCUACUUUGCUUAUACUUUGGGUUGUUCAAUGUCCCAUUUUAAUCCUACUUUCCAGUUUUUUCAGGAAAGAUCAUGGGAAAUGCUCGUACUUGAAGGCUGUAGGGCGGGGAUUGCUUGGGCUUUUUUCAGGCGCCUUGGUUUUUGCUUUGGGAGCUAUUAGCUUGGGUGCUCCAGUCGGCUCAAAGUAUGUGCUUAGCACAAUUAAUUGGUCCCUGCUGAUGUCAUUAUUUACAUUCUCACCAGCUGCUGCUAUCUUUGGUGCAUCUUGGGCAGAUUGGCAACGAAUUUAUGCAAAGACUCGGCCAACUGGACCUGUUGAUUUUAUGGUUUGCCUUCCAGCGCACGGUUCUAUUAUUGGUUCAUGGUUUGGGGCGUGGCCAAUGCCGCUUGAUUGGGAGAGGCAAUGGCAGGAAUGGCCCAUAUGUGUGACAUACGGAGCGCUGAUCGGCUAUGCAACUGGCAUGCUGGCAUCUUUUGUAUUGCUUCUUUCUAGCUAUUGGAGGCAGAGGCAGAGACCGUACACGAAAGUAGACUAAUACUAGGGAAAUCCGAUCCCUUGCCUAUAUCAUUGUACUACAAGUACAAGGUUUGAUCUUAAAUCUAGUUUAGGUCUUUUCUUUGUAGGGUUGAGAAAACCAAUUAAGCAAAGAAUGAUUUGGCGACGCAUAUGUGGUGAAACCGUUGGUUGCUUUGAAUAGUGGUAGAUUUGUGUUAGAGAUACAGAUACACCCUAAUAUUUUGAUAUUAAGACUGACAAUAUUGUUAUAAUGAUACAAAUACACAUAUUUGUAUUGGCUUCUAAAAAUAGUAUUAUUGCAUUAAUGUUGACUUUCU